UAAAAAACAAGCACAUCUACUUUUUAAAACAAAAUUGAUCAAAGUCAAGAAGAUUGCCUUAAAAAUAAUUAUUUUAAAGCUGUUGAUGAUCGAUUGGCUAAAGCAAACUGUUUAGUAGAAAAACUUUGAAGAUUGCUCUUCUUAAUAAUAAACGAAAAGAUGCUUUAUUAAAUUACGGUGUAGGUAAUGAUACUUAUCACAAGAUGUUUGAUGCUCAAAUACGUUCAAGUAAAGCUGAGUUACUUGAAACUCUUAUUAAUCUUAGAUUAAGUGAUUAUAAUGAUAACCCUACUAGUAGACAGCAACUUGAGAGUCAUCUGGGUAAAGGUUAUGAGGAAAUAAAAUUAAAAGAUGUACCAUUAUCAAAAGAAAUGGAGUUUUUUAUUGAAGAUAUUUUAAUAAAUUUACGUUUUUUUAUUGAGAAAAAAGAUGAAAAUAUAAAUGAGGUCAAGGCAUCUGCUGACACUGUUAAAAAACGAAUAAACAUGCUCUAUGCCCAUAUAGAUAAAUUACAAGGAUAUUCAAUAGAAGAUAAAGAAGUAGAUGAAAUAUUUAUACUGACAGCUAGAUUUGUUGUUCAAAAUAUACAUAUAUUGAAACGGCAAUUGAAACCAACUUACGAUAAAUUACCAUGGGAAGAAAUAGAAUUUUGCGUAGCUAUAUUUAUUGCUAUUCAUACAAAACACCAAAAAUUUAAUUUUGUUUAUAAACUAAUACUAAAUAAAACAAAAGUAUUAGACCAUCUAAAAAAUUUUAACAAAACACUUGAUACUAUAUUUCUGAAAGAAAGUUCUAGUAUUAUAGAAACAGAUAUAAAUGGUAAGUUUCCGAAGCCAAAAGAUGGUAUACAACUAUCAGCUCGUAAUAUUGCUGAAUCAGUUAUUCUUAAGGAGAAUCCUUUUUUAAAAAAUUUGUAUGAUGAUUAUAAGAUAACUAAGAAUGUUUAUUCCUUAAAAAAAAUGGAGUCAUACAUAGAACUAGCAUUACAAAUUGAUCUUAAUAAAGAGCAAGAAUUAGGGAAAUUAGUUAUUGAAAGAACUUUACAGGUAAUUGGAGAAAGUUUAAAAAAUACUUUAGAAUCUCCUAAUACAUCUGAUGAUAUACACAAGAUGUUACUUUAUUCAGCACCAAAAAACUUAAGAGAAAUUAUUACUUCAUUGCGUGAUUCGUUAUCACAUGCUCAUACAUUAAAAAGAAAAUUAGACCUAGAAAAUAGUGAGAAUCCUCAGUUUUUCACAAAAAUUCAAAAUGAUCUUCAAAAGAUUAAGAUAGAAAUCAUUGAUAUACUUUAUAAGAAGAAAGUUGAUGCAAUUAAAAACUUUCUGUGCCAAAUUAUUAACAAUGAAUGUUUGCCAGAGGUUAAUAAACUUAUUAACAGUCUUAAUAAAGCUAUGUUAGGAAAAAUACAAAUAGAAAAUUGCAAUAUAAAGGAAUUAGCAAGAAUAAGAGAAUUAAUCGCGGAACUAUAUAAUGAAAUCAAUAACCGGACUGAACAAGAACAAGGUAUAUUUGAUAAGAUUCAAGAAAUUAUUGACUCACAGGAAGUUAAGUUGAUAAAUGUUAAAACUAGUUACUUAGAGGGAUUGUCAACAAUAAAUACUUUAAUAACUCACAAUAGUAAUAAUCUUACAACUAUCCAUAACAUAUGUUUCAGUUAUUUAGAUAAGCUAAAUAUAAAAACAAAACCUGAGAAGCUACAAGAAAUUGUAGAAUUGGUGAGACAUAUUUCUGAAAGUUUUACACUAAGGAGCCAUAGUAAAAAGUCAAACAAAAUAAAUAAACUAAUAUAUGAGAUAUUUUCUACUAUUGAAUUAGAAGCAGGAAGGGUUGAAGGAAUCAGUGCAUUUAAAGAUAAGUUAGAAAAAAAAAGAUCAAAAAAAAACGAUCAAGACGUGAUCGACAAAGAAGUAUGUGUUACUUUAAGCGAAAUUGAAAAUGAGAUAGAAAAAGAAAUAGAUAAAAGAAAGUUUCAAGAAGAAUUAAAAGCUGUAAAACAGACUUAUAAAGUAAAACCAAAACUUAUAGCUAUAUUUAGUAAGUUAAAAGAUUCUAAAAUUAAAAUAGACUCAGAAAAAAAAAAAAAGUAUAAACGUCUUAUUAAGCAGCUAUGGUCUAACGAAAAGGAAAAAAAGAUAACGAAGAAACAAGAUGAUUUACUUAAAAAAUUUAAAAAAGAACAGUGGAAUGAGUGUGAAUUAUUAGUAGGUAAGGUUAGAGAUAAUUACCAAAUUUUACUUAAUUCCGUAAACAAUGCUAUAGAUAGCGAAAAAUAUGAUGAUAAGUCUGAAUCGUUUAAAAAUUUUGUUAAAUCAUUUAAAUUUAAUACUGAUAAUAAGGGUCUAGCAGAUAAGUUAUAUAAAAUUAUUGACAACAUUUUUAAAGAAAAUACUGAACAACUGUGCACAAGAUUAAAAGAAUUAAAGCGGUUAGUGCCUGGUAAUAGCUUGGAAUUUAUACAAAAUUAUGAUCAAAACAAAAAAUUACAAGCAGCAGUGGAAAUGCUAGUUUUGGAUUUAGCAGAAAUUUUAGAAAAUAAAUCGCUUUUGGGAGAUAAUAGGCUCUUUUUAGAUAAAUAUUCUCCAAUUUUAUUAGGAAAAUCUUUACGUAACUAUUUAGCCCAUGGUAAUGCUCUAAUUGAUGCUUUACCAUUUGAUCCAUCAAUUGCAAAUAUUUCUAAUGCUUUAAAAAUUAUUUUAGAAGAAAAGAAUUUGUUUACGGAUAGAUAUAUUAUUGGUCAGAAAAUAGAAGAGAAUCUUUCUGAUUUAUAUAAAUAUUAUAACCAAAGCUUAGAUCUUGUUAUUAUUCAAAAUGAAAUGUUUAUUGCUGCAAAAGAAGGUAAUCUUGAAAAGGUUAUUAAAUGUAUUAGUAAUGGAGCAAAUAUUAAAGCUAGAGAUAAUAUUACCAAACGGACAGGAAUACAUUUUGUUGUUCAGGGGAACAAAGACGACAAUGUAAAAGUACUUAAAUUUUUUAUUGAUAACGAUUUAAGUAUUGAUAUAGAGGAUAUUGAUGGUCAAAGUCCGUUUCAUAUUGCUGCUGCUUUUGGAAGUAAUAAAAUUAUAGAGUAUCUAUUAGAAAAAAAAAAAUCAAGAACUAAAGAUAUAGACUUUAAAUACAGAACGCCGUUACAUCUAGCAGCACAAAAUGGUCACAAGGAUGUUGUUAAUACUCUAUUGCACAACAAAGCCGAUAUUAAUGCUUUAGAUAAGGAUAAUUGCAUACCAUUAUACCAUGCAGCAAAAAACGGUCACAAAGAGAUUGUUGAAGCUUUAAUAAAAACAGGAGCAAAUGUUGAUGCUCGAAAUCAGAACGAUUGGACACCAUUGCACGUAGCAACACUCUAUGGUCACAAAGAUAUUAUUGAGACCUUAUUAAACAACAACGCCAAUGUUGAUUCUCAAGAUAAGGCAAAUACAACUCCAUUACAUUUUGCAGCAUUUCAAGGUUACAAGGAUAUUGUUGAGACUCUGUUACACAACAAGGCCGUGGUGGAUACUAGAACUAUUACGGGUUUUACACCGUUAUAUAUGGCAGCACAAAAUGGUAACAAGGAUGUUGUUUGGACUUUAUUAAACAAUAAAGCCGAUAUUAAUGUUUCAUGUAAGAAUGAUUGUACACCACUACACAUAGCAGCAGCAAAGGGUUGCAAAGAGGUAAUUGAAAUUCUAUUAAACCACGAACCCAAAGCCAAUAUUAAUGCUCUAACUAAAGAGAAUUUGACACCUCUGCAUCUUGCAUCAUUAAAUGGUCAUAAGGAGAUUGUGCAAAUUUUAUUAGGUAAAGGAGCCAAAGUUAAUGCUCAAGAUAAUGAGUAUAGGACACCUUUGCACUUAGUAACACAAAAUGGUUACAAGGAGGUCGUUGAGAUUCUAUUAGAAAAUAAAGCUAAAAUUAAUGCCAGAACUAAUGAGGAUGAUACACCAUUACACUACGCAGCAUACUUUGGUUACAAAGAUAAUGUUGAGACUCUACUAGAAAAAAAAGCUGAUUUUAAUGCUCUAAAUAAGAUGAAGCGUACACCAUUACACAUAGCAGCAAAAAGUGGUCACAAGAAUGUAGUUAAGACUCUAUUAAAAUACAAAGCCAAUAUUAAUGCGCUAGACAAUAACAAACAUACCCCUUUACACUAUGCAGCAAGAGAGGGUUUCAUUGCUGUUGUUAAGUUCUUAUUGCAUAAAAAAGCCAAAGUUAAUGUUUUUAGUAAAGAAAAUAGGACACCAUUACACUACGCAGUAAUCAACGGUCACAACAAAAUUGUCGAGACUCUAUUAGAAUAUAAAGCAGAUAUAAACGCUCAAAAUGAUGGAAAUGGUACACCUAUGCACUUGGCAGCACAAGGUGGUUACAAAGAUAUUGUUAAGACCUUAUUACACGAGAAAGCCAAUGUUGAUUCUCAAGAUAAAGGAAAAAAAACACCAUUACAUUAUGCAGCAUUCCAAGGUAACAAUGACGUUGUUGAGACUCUGUUACACAACGAGGCCAAGGUGGAUGCUAGAACUAUUGAGGGUUUUACAUCGUUAUAUAUAGCAGCACAAAAUGGUAACAAGGAUGUUGUUUGGACUUUAUUAAAAAAUAAAGCCGAUGUUAAUGCUGCAAGUAAGAAAAAUUGGACACCACUACACAUAGCAGCAAAAAAUGGUCGCAUAGAGGUAAUUGAAAUUCUAUUAAAUCACGAACCCAAAGCCAAUAUUAAGGCUCUAACUAAAGAGAAUCGGACACCUUUGCACCUUGCAGAAUUGAAUGGUCAUAACGAGAUUGUAAAAAUUUUAUUGGAUAAGGAAGCCAUAGUUAAUGCUCGAAAUAAAGAGGAUAGGACGCCUUUGCACUUAGUAACACAAAAUGAAUACAAGGAAGUUGUUGAGACUUUUUUAAAUAAUAUAAAGAAUGUUUUUCUGAUAUUUAUUUAUUCUAUUAUAAGUUAUUUUAUUGGACAAAGAAGCCAUAGUAAAUACUUGAGAUAAAUAGGAUAGAACACCUUUGCACUUAGUAACACAAAAUGGUUACAAGGUUGUUGUUGAGACUCUAUUACACAACAAGCCGAUAAUAAUGCUCUAGAUAAGAAGAACUGGAUGUUGUUGAGAUUAUUGCGAAACUUUGAUUUUGUUUUUAAUUAUAAGUAAAAUAAGUUUUGAAUUUUUUUAUAAUAAAAUGAGAUUUGAAUUUUGCAAAAAAAUUAAAAACUUGGUUCUGAAGUGCUUUAGAACUCAGCUAAUAAUUUUUAAUUUAACUUAAUAAUUUUUAAAUUAACUUAGUUUUAAUUAUUCAGUACUUUAUCAUAUUCGUAAUCUUUAUUAUUGUUUAACAUUAGUAUAUGUUUAACAAAAGAGUUUUUUAAGUUUUACACUGUGACGUUUUGUAUCAUAUCAUAAAUACACAAAAAAAAAAAAAAAACAAUUGUCAGCAAAGGUUGUUUUUAUGAUAUUUAUUUAUUCUACUAUAAGGUAUUGAUAAUGCAAAAUAAUAAUAGAAGUAGAAAACAUGCAAAAAGAAAUUUUAGAACUGAAACAUGAAAACACAAUUUCUACUAAAUACUGGAUUGCUAAGUGUUUGUAUAAAAAAAAAAACAUUUUGAUGAAGCGGAAAAAUAUUUUAAGAAGUAAAUGUUUUGCGAAUGAAGGUUUUAGGAGGUAACCACGAGGAUACAAUAAAAACAAAAUAUGGGAUUGCAAUAUGCUUAUACGACAAAGAAAAAUUCAAUGGCGCUGAACAGUUAUAUAUAUAUAUAUGUUGAAAAGAUGUAAAAAGGUGUUUUAGGAGAAAAACAUGUUGAUACAUUUAGUACUUAAAUACUGGGUUGCGAGAUGUUUGUAUAAUAAAAAAUCAGUUUAGGGAAGCUGAAAAUUUACUAAAAGAAUUGGAAGCUCUGCGAAAAGAAGUUUUAGGAGAGGAACAUUAGGAUACAAUGAAGUCUAAAUUCUGGAUUGCCAAAUGUUUGUAUGAAAAAAAACAUUUUGUCGAAACGGAAAGUUUGUUAAGAGAAAUAGAAAUCAUUCAAAAUAAAUAUAUAGGUGAGAAACAUCUAGAUACAAUAAAUACUGUAUACUGGAUUGCAAGAUGCUUAUAUGAUAAAAAUCAGUUUAAUGAUGCAAAAAAUGUAUCAAGAGAUGUUUAUAAUAUGCGAAUGGAACAUUUAGAAGAUAAACACGUGGAUACUCUGAACUCAAAAUACUGGAUUGGAAUAUGUUUUUAAGAAGAUUAACUUUCAUGAUUUUAAAAACUUAUUAAUUAUUUAUAUAUUUAAGGUAAGUGGAUAAAGUUUAAAAAACACUUUGGAAUCUCCUAUUACCUCUGAUGAUAGACACAAGAUGUUACUUUAUUCAGCACCAAAUGACUUAAGAGAAAUAACAUGCUCAUACAUUUACAUAGAAAAAGAAAUUAGAAAAUUGUAAGAAUCUGGAGCUUUUAAUCAAAAUUCAAAAUGAUCUUCAAAAGAUUAAGAUAAAAUUCAUUGAUAUACUUUACAAAAUAAAUGUUGAAUCAGUUAAAAUAUUUCUGAACCAAAUUAAUAACAAUGAAUGUUUGCCAGAAGUUAAUAAACUUAUUUAGAGGGAUUUUCAACAAUAAAUAACUCUUAGUAGUAAUAAUUUUAAAACUAUCCAAAACUUAUAUUGUAGUUAUUUAGAUAAGUUAAAGUUAUAAACACAACCUGAGAAGCUACAUGAAAUUGUAGAAUUGGACAAACAGAUUUCUGUCAAUAUUACAUAAAGGAAACAAAGUAAUAAGUCAAAUAAAACAAAUGAACUACUCAAUAAUAUAUUUUUUACUAUUGAGUUAGAAGCAGGAAUGCUUAAUAGAAUCAGUGCAUUUAAAUAAAGGUUAGAAAAAAACACAAAAAGAUCAAGAUGUGAUCAAGAAAAAUGGAGGUUUUUGGUGAUAAUGAAAAGAAGAUAGAAGACACAAAAGGUAAAGGAAAGUUUCGAGAAGGAUUAAAAGCUGUAAACAGAUUUAUGAAGUAAAACCAAAACUUAAAGCUCUAUUUAGUAAGUUAAAAGAUCCUAAAAUUAGACUUGACUCAGAAUGGAAGAAUGAGUAUGAAUCUUUUGUUAAGGCGCUAUGGUCUAACGAAAUGGAAAAUAAUAUGUGAAAGAAACAAAAUGAAUUAAAUAAAAUAUUUAAAACUACUAAGUGUAACGAGUGUGAAAAAAUAGUAGGUAUGGUACGAGAUAAUUACCAAGUUUUACUGGAGUCCGUAAACAAUGCUAUAGAUAGCGAAAAACAUUCUAUUAAAUAAUAAAGCUGAUAAUAAUGCUGGAACUAUG